GACAGAGGGCUUAUACGGAUAGCUGGGUACAGUCCAUAGGGUCACACAAAGUUGGACACAACUGAGGUGACUUAGCACUCUGUCCCGUACAGACUAGAUUGGAAGGUAAAUUGAGGCUUGUCUCACUGAUCACAGGAUCCUAAGGUAAACCUGUGUUUUUAAAAAUGCUAUCAGAAAGCAUGAAAAUCAAUAUCUUUAAAGACUAUAGAAAUCUUCAGGCUACUUUAAAACACUCAGUUAAAUACCUCCUUCCUUAAGAUCAGCUGGCUACAGGGCUUCUGGAUAGGGUUAGUAGAUAUCAGCUGUGAGAUGCAGAGAUGAGGGGGCAUGGUGUUCAUACAAAGGUGCAGUCCCUCUGCUCAAGGAAGUUUAUGAUCCAGAGAGCAGCUUUACUCACAAAUAGCAUAAGAAAAGAUAGGUGGAAAGUGAUGAGCAGAUGGCAGGUGUGGGCGUAGCCAGAAGAAAGGUUCCCCAUCAGAACGGCUACGCUGAGGGAAAGUCUGUCUGGGUGGUUGCUGGUUUGGGACAAACAUAGGGACAUCACAUUGCAGUAGGACACAGUGGCCAUUGCUGUUUCUGAGAACACUUGAUUCUUAGCCUCUGAGGUCACUCACUGUGGGCAUCUUCUCUCCUGAAUGUAGUGACUGGAGACACCAUCCCCCCAGAAAGAAAUAACCUUUACUUCGUGCCUGGGGUGAUCUCUCAGAGGCGCUACUGGUGCUGUAUUGAAAUGCUUUGUUUAGGUGUUCUUGGACUCUUUGGGGGACUGAAAGCCUAUUUAAACUGUGACUGCCUGUAAUCAUUUCUCAGGACUGUUCGUUGUGCCUUGAUCUAGCAGUCACCCUCCACUUUCUUCAUUUAUGGUGACUGGGGAAAACAAAUAUUUCCCUGUUAGUAUUUUAUCUAAAAAAGGAGUAAACCUAGCUCUCAGGGAGUGCCUGGGAAAAGAGGUGUUGCAUAAAAAUGAGAAAUUUGGACGUUCUCUUCUAAAUUGUACAUGAGUUUAUUUGAUUUUGGCAGCUUCAAAGACUAAAUAGAUCUUCUUGGUUUCUAGCUGUUGACUGGAGAGUUGAGGUUGCUGACUUGUUUCUUUCGCCCUCCUCACUCUUUCCCCAGUAGCAUGUUAAUUUUUCUCCCACCCUUGCCUGAAACAAUUCGUUUUGGAAAGAAGAGAUCAAAAAGUUUUCUCAGGGAGAAGAGAAGAAGGUGAAUGGAGGAAAACCUGGGGCUGAAGCAGGAGCUUGGUCUGUUAGUCCACCACUGCUCUGGAAACCCAAGAUAUACUCUGCCCUGUGGAAGACUCAGAGGGAUGAUGUGGACCCUGCCUUCGAGAAGCUUGAGGUUUAGUUGAGAGAGGAAGAGAGCUAACAGAUCGGAACUCCACAGUUGAAAAUGCUAGAGAAGUUUUGCAUCUGAUAUGAGUUCAGAGAGGCGUGACAUGAGUCAGGAGCUUUGAGCCAGCCGUGCUGGGGUCCAAGAGGUAUUUGAUGAAAGGCCAUGUAGUGUACUUUGAGGAGACCAGAUACUGUGAGAGACCAAGAGGGAGGGUGAGUUAAUGAAAGCCCAGGUAGGAAGUGGCAGAGGUUAUGGAGGGAUUUAGCAGCACACCUGAUAAAUCCAUUUCCAAGGAGGAGUUGGUGAGAGUUUAUGAUGGGUUCACAGGCUGUUGUGCCUGUAUGGUUGAUUAAAAUGCAGACUCCUGGGCUGUACUCCAGGUAUUUUGAUUGCCUUCUUAUGCUGUCUGGGGUGUCUAGAAAUGGCCCAGGUGUAUCUGGUACAGAUGGCCUGCACCAUAAUUUACUUUGGGCAGCACUGGUAAAGGAUGGAUAAAGUAAAACUGAUUAAUUCCUCCAUGAGAGAGUGGAAUUGGGAAGGAGGUACCCAGCUGAACAGCCUGCUUUUUGUCCCUCUGUUACAGAACAGGUAGAGAGCAGGUAACCCUGUGGACUAAGGAACAUGAAGUGAGGAUGGAAUUGGCUCUCAGCUGGAGACAGUGUUCUCGCGGUCCUCACCCUUCCUAGUUCUCGUCCCAUCUUGCUGUAGUCGCCUGAUCCAGAGGAACUUUCGGGGUGCCCCCCGAGUGACACAGCUGCUCUCUGUUGCCAGCAAGUGGAGUCUGGGGUGAGGCAAGAAGCAAAGGAGUGUUGAAAAUGUUAAAGGCUGUGCUGAAGAAGAGCCGAGAGGGAGGAAAGGGAAGCAAGAAGGAAACAGGAGGUGACUAUGGUCCAGAGACUUCCCCUCCAGUCCUGCCCCCUGGCCAUGGCGGUGAGUUUUCUGUGAGCAGCCUUCCAGCGGCAGAGGAUGCCUACAGGGUGAGCUUGGCUAAAGGCGUCUCCAUGUCUCUGCCUUCAUCACCUCUGCUGCCCCGACAGUCUCACUCUGUGCCGUCAAGGUCAACCAAAAAGUCCCCAGGUCCUGUCAGGAAGCCCAAGUAUGUGGAAAGCCCCAGAGUGCCUGGAGAUGCAGUCAUAAUCCCGUUCCGAGACGUGCCCAAGCCAGCAGAGCCCAGUGAGAAUGAAGCAAAGGCCGAUAAUGAAUCGAGCUGUUCGCCGGCAGCUCAAGAACUGUUGACAAGGCUGGGAUUUUUACUGGGAGAAGGGAUCCCAAGUGCCACACACAUAACCAUUGAAGAAAAAAAUGAAACCAUGUGCACAGCUCUGAGCCAAGGCAUCAGCCCUUGCUCCACUCUUACAAGCAGCACCGCCUCUCCUAGCACCGAUAGCCCCUGCUCAACCUUGAAUAGCUGUGUCAGCAAGACGGCAGCCAACAAAAGUCCCUGUGAGACCAUUAGCAGCCCUAGCUCCACCCUGGAAAGCAAGGACAGUGGAAUUAUAGCCACGAUUACAAGUUCAUCGGAAAAUGAUGACCGGAGUGGCUCCAGUUUGGAAUGGAAUAAGGACGGAAGCCUAAGGUUAGGGGUACAGAAGGGAGUGCUCCAUGACCGCAGGGCAGAUAAUUGCUCCCCAGUGGCAGAAGAGGAGCCCCCUGGGCCAGCGGAGAGCGUGCUGCCCAAAGCCGAAGCCUCAGUUGGAGAUGGUCCGGUCCCUUAUUCUCAGAGCUCCAGCUCGCUAAUAAUGCCACGGCCCAACUCAGUUGCAGCAACGAGCUCAACCAAAUUGGAAGACCUGAGUUAUUUGGAUGGACAGAGAAAUGCUCCCCUUCGGACGUCAAUUAGGUUACCGUGGCACAAUACGGCUGGAGGUAGGGCACAGGAAGUUAAAGCACGAUUUGCUCCCUACAAGCCACAAGACAUUUUGUUGAAACCAUUAUUGUUUGAAGUACCAAGCAUAACCACAGACUCUGUGUUUGUGGGAAGGGAUUGGCUCUUUCACCAGAUAGAAGAAAACUUGAGGAACACAGAACUGACAGAAAACAGAGGCGCGGUGGUUGUUGGAAACGUGGGCUUUGGGAAGACAGCUAUCAUUUCUAAGUUGGUGGCACUGAGCUGCCAUGGAAGCCGCAUGAGGCAGAUCGCUUCCAACAGCCCCAGCUCAUCAACGAAAACUGCGGAUUCCUCCCAGGAUGUUCCUUUCACUCCACUGCUUUCACCAAGUUCUUCUACAAGUGGUCCUGGUGUGGCUAAAUCCCCCCCAGUGUCUGGGUCUGAUGCUCCUGAGAACCAGAGACCACGAGAGGAUGCCGUGAAAUACCUGGCUUCUAAGGUCGUGGCCUACCACUACUGCCAGGCCGACAACACCUACACGUGCCUGGUGCCCGAGUUCGUGCACAGCAUCGCGGCCCUGCUCUGCCGGUCCCACCAGCUGGCCGCCUACCGGGACCUGCUGAUAAGGGAGCCCCAGCUCCAGAGCAUGCUGAGCCUCAGGUCCUGUGUGCAGGACCCGGUGGCCGCCUUCAAGCGGGGCGUGCUGGAGCCGCUCACGAGCCUGAGAAACGAGCAGAAAAUUCCUGAAGAAGAAUACAUUAUUUUGAUAGAUGGCUUAAAUGAAGCUGAGUUUCAUAAACCUGAUUAUGGAGAUACGCUUUCUUCCUUUAUUACCAAGAUUAUUUCUAAAUUCCCUGCUUGGUUGAAGUUGAUUGUGACUGUAAGAGCCAAUUUCCAGGAAAUUGUCAGCGAGCUGCCAUUUGUCAAGCUGUCCUUGGAUGACUUUCCGGACAAUAAGGACAUCCACAGUGACCUGCACGCCUACGUCCAGCACAGGGUCCACAGCAGCCAGGACAUCCUCAGCAACAUCUCGCUGAACGGCAAGGCUGAUGCUGCCCUCAUCGGCAAAGUGAGCAGCCACUUGGUUCUGCGGAGCCUCGGCUCCUACCUGUACCUCAAGCUCACCUUGGACCUCUUCCAAAGGGGACACCUGGUCAUCAAGAGCGCCAGCUACAAGGUGGUGCCUGUGUCUCUGUCCGAGCUCUACCUGCUGCAGUGCAACAUGAAGUUCAUGACCCAGUCUGCUUUCGAGAGAGCACUUCCCAUUUUAAACGUGGCCCUGGCAUCCCUCCACCCCAUGACGGAUGAGCAGAUCUUCCAGGCGAUCAAUGCCGGCCAUGUCCAAGGGGAGCAGGGCUGGGAGGACUUCCAGCAGAGGAUGGAUGCCCUCUCCUGCUUCCUCAUCAAGCGGCGAGACAAAACCCGCAUGUUCUGCCACCCAUCCUUCAGGGAGUGGCUCGUGUGGAGAGCAGAUGGCGAGAACACAGCCUUCCUGUGUGAACCCAGGAACGGGCACGCUCUGCUGGCAUUCAUGUUCUCGCGACAGGAGGGCAAGCUGAACCGCCAGCAGACCAUGGAGCUUGGCCAUCACAUCCUGAAGGCACACAUUUUCAAGGGCCUCAGCAAGAAGACGGGAAUCUCUUCAAGCCACCUCCAGGCCCUGUGGAUCGGGUACAGCACCGAGGGGCUGUCCGCGGCCCUGGCCUCUCUCAGGAAUCUCUACACUCCCAAUGUGAAGGUGAGCCGUCUCCUGAUUUUAGGAGGGGCCAACGUGAACUACAGGACCGAAGUGUUAAAUAACGCCCCGAUCCUGUGUGUCCAGUCUCACCUUGGCCACGAGGAAGUGGUCACUCUGCUUCUGGAAUUCGGCGCCUGCCUGGAUGGCAUGUCGGAGAACGGCAUGACUGCCCUCUGCUACGCGGCCGCUGCAGGCCACAUGAAGCUGGUGUGUCUGCUGGCCAAGAAGGGGGCGAGGGUGGACCACUUGGAUAAGAAAGGCCAGUGCGCGCUGGUCCACAGUGCACUGAGGGGCCACAGCGACGUUCUCCGCUACCUGCUGACUUGCGAGUGGUCGUUGGGCCCGCCGCAGCCCGGCGCGCUGAGGAAGAGCCAAGCUUUGCAGCAGGCGCUGACAGCGGCCGCCAGCAUGGGCCACGGCUCGGUGCUCCAGUGCUUGCUGGAACUGGAAAAGGAACAUGAAAUAGACGUCAAUGGCACCGACACGCUGUGGGGAGAAACAGCCCUGACGGCCGCUGCCGGACGAGGCAAGCUGGAGGUCUGUGAGCUGCUGCUGGAGCGUGGAGCUGCCGUGUCUCGGACUAACAGGAGAGGGGUCCCUCCAUUGUUCUGCGCGGCACGCCAGGGGCAUUGGCAGAUUGUUAGGUUGCUCUUGGACCACGGCUGUGACGUGAACCUAAGUGACAAGCAGGGCCGGACGCCCCUCAUGGUGGCUGCUUGCGAAGGGCACCUGAGCACCGUGGAAUUUCUCCUUUCAAAAGGUGCCACCCUUUCUUCUCUGGACAAGGAGGGUCUGUCGGCAUUAAGCUGGGCGUGUCUGAAAGGUCACAGGGCUGUUGUCCAGUUCCUAGUGGAGGAGGGAGCCGAGAUCGACCAGACGGACAAGAACGGCCGCAGCCCCCUGGACCUGGCCGCCUUCUACGGCGACGCGGAGACCGUGCUGUAUCUGGUGGACAAGGGGGCUGUGAUUGAGCACGUGGACCACAGCGGUAUGCGGCCCUUGGACAGAGCCAUUGGUUGUCGGAACACAUCUGUAGUAGUUACGCUGCUGAGAAAAGGAGCCAAAUUAGGAAAUGCUGCCUGGGCGAUGGCUACUUCCAAACCUGAUAUUUUGAUUAUACUUUUACAGAAAUUGAUGGAGGAAGGAAACGUGAUGUACAAAAAAGGGAAGAUGAAAGAGGCAGCCCAGAGGUACCAGUACGCCUUAAGGAAGUUUCCUCGAGAAGGAUUCGGAGAGGACAUGAGACCAUUCAAUGAGCUAAGAGUUUCCCUCUAUCUCAAUCUGUCUCGCUGCCGAAGAAAAACAAAUGACUUCGGCAUGGCAGAAGAAUUUGCUUCCAAGGCCCUUGAGUUGAAACCAAAGUCCUACGAAGCCUUUUAUGCCAGGGCGAGAGCCAAGAGAAGUAGCAGGCAGUUCGUGGCUGCCCUGGCUGACUUGCGGGAAGCAGUGAAGCUCUGUCCCGCCAACCAGGAGAUCAGGCGGCUCCUGGCCCGCGUGGAGGAGGAGUGCAAGCAGCUCCAGAGGAGCCAGCAGCAGAAGCAGCAGGCCCCCCCGCCUGCCCCACCCACCGACUCGGACAACGAGGAGUAUGCCCCGACGCCCGGCCUGAACGACCACUUUCACCUUGAGGAGGCUGAGGAGGAGGAGACGUCGCCACCGGAAGAAGCCGUUUCCCUCGCUCCCAGGCCCCCGCCAUCCUCGUCCGCACCCUCCCCGUACAUCCGAAACCUUCAGGAAGGGCUCCAGCCCAAGAUAAGGCCCGUGUCGCCGCUGCAGAGUCGGCCGGGGGCCGGCAAGGCCCUGAGGGAGGCGGUGGCUCAGCCAGGGCUGACGGUGCAGCCCACCAAGCAGGCGCAGAUCGUGAAGACCAGCCAGCACCUGGGCUCCGGACCCGCGGGUGUGAGAAACAGCAGCUCGAAGACGCAGGUCUCUCCUCUGAAUCCUCCCCCGAGCCCCAUGCCCGGAAGACUGCCCACUGCCCCCGCCGGUAGCAGAAGCCUGCAUCUGGAGGGAGCAGCCUCUGGCCCCUUCGGUGAUCGGCUGGGGCCCAGCCCCGCAGUCCACCUGCAGCACAGUGAGGGCGACGCUGCGUAUCCUUUACCAAGCAAGAUAAAAAGUGCAGAGAGGCUUCUGUCUCAUGCUGCCGUGGCUGUGGACGUGGUGCCUCUAAACCCAGGGGGGCCAGUGAGCUGCAGCGACACCCGACACCCGACUUCCCUCAGUAGUUCAGGGUCUUCUGGUUCUCCAUCGAGCAGCAUCAAGAUGUCAAGCUCCACCAGUAGUUUGGCUUCAAGCAGCAGUUUCUCGGAUGGCUUCAAAGUCCAAGGACCAGAUGCUCGAAUUAAGGACAAGGUUGGUAGCCAGGUUCCGAGUGGCACAGCUGAGCACAGACCUCGCAAUACUCCAUUCAUGGGCAUCAUGGAUAAGACCGCGAGGUUCCAGCAGCAGAACCACCCCCCUGGCCGCACCUGGCACUGUGCGGUGCCAGAGGGGCUGCUGACCAGCGCACCUUCUGCAGCUGGCCUGCAGGCCUCGAACUCUGAGAAGCCCUCUCUCAAGCAAGCCAAAGCCUGCCCUGGGUCUACCCUGGGUGGAGGUGUCCACAACGGGGCCCAGGUGAAGGAGCUAGAAGAAAAGAAGUGCCAAAUGCCAGUCCACUGUCAGGACAGCAGGGUAACUAAGACCAUUUCACAUCUGUAUCAGGAAAGUAUGUCUAAACAGCAGUCUCAUAUCAGCAGUGAAGCUCACAGGAGUCACCUCCCUUCAGCAAAACCAAAGCGAUCAUUCAUAGAAUCAAAUGUGUGAGCCUUAAGAGAGACCCAUUUGUAGUAUUUGGAAGACAAUGUGUUGGUGCCUGGUAAUAAUUAAAUGGUUGUACAUGAGAAAAAUUACUUUUUAGCCAUAUAUUUUUUUCCCCUCUGGAGUGGAUCAGAUGCCAUUGAUAUACUGAAAGUGUCAGAUUAAGUUUCUUUAGUAAAUUAGAAGUCACCAGAAAUAAGAAUGCUAACCAGAAUUGGAAAACUGCAACUAGCUAUGCCUAUUAAGUUAAAAAUUUAAGACAGCCAGGAAGACAUUAACUCAUGCUUUUCUCUUACUCAUGCUUUUCUCUUAAGAAAUUGUUUGGUUUUUAUCACUUUUCUCCUAGCAUUUGCUAUGUAGUUAAGAUCACAUUAUUUCUUAGAUAAUGUAAAUAUCUAGUUUAACUCAUGACAUAAUAUCCAGGUGAUAUGUUUUGGAAAAGAGGAAUUUUCAAGUAACAGUUCCAAUAAGUCAAAUCUUUUUAUAUAUAUAUAUAUAUAUAUAUAUAUAUGUAUACAUAUGGUUGACCCUUAAACAAUGUAGGGGUUAGGGACGCCAGCCUCUAUAGUCAAAAAUCCAUGUAUAACUUUACAGUUGGGUCCUCUGGAGAGUUCCACAUCCUUGUAUUCAACCAUCCGUGGAUCAUGUAGUACUUUGUACGUAGUGACUGAAAAAAAAGUGGGCCUGCACAGUCAAACCCCUGUUGUUCAAGAGUCCGAGUGUGUGUGUGUAUAUAUAUAUGGAUAUAAAAGACCUGAGUAAUUUCUAUCUGAAUAUAAAUGUGACUUUACAUAUUAUACAGCUGGUUUUUUUUUUUAAGCAAAAUACAAGAACAUCCAGGUAAUGUUCUCUUCAUAGCAGUUCCCUUAAAAAGAUCAACUUUUAUUUCUGAGUUACGGUUCUCAUUAAAAUAUUUUUAUAGCACCUUUUUUUGAAACUACAUUCCUGCUUCAAUGUAUUUUUAAUAUUUGAAAAUGAUAUAAACCAUUUGGAAUCAUGAUUGGUAAUUAAGUUGAAUUUGGACUAAAACACUAAGUUUUAGUAGUAGUAUUCUGUAUUCUUAUACAGCAUUCUCGGUGACAUGUAAAUUAGCUCUCAACUGAUUCCCAAACUGCUUUUAUCAAUGACAGCACUCCUGGAACAAGCCUUCCAAGGUCCUCUAAGGACAGUAUUUAAUUUGGAUACUUAAGGUAUGGUUGGCUAUGGCUUUUAUUAUACAGUCAUUACUUUAGAGCUAUACGUUGUAUAUAUGAAUAGCUAAAGUUGUAUUCAGACUUGUAAAUAUAACUAUUUCAAGUAAUCUGGAAGUCAUGUAUUUGCAUGUGCUUUUUAAGCUUCACCCAUGCUGUUUAUUGCACUGAGCGAUAUAUAGGGCAUGAUAACAGUAUCCAAGUAACGGCACUUUAUCUCAUUUAUAUGAACACCUCUGAGGUGCUACUUAAGUCCAAACUGAUGUAUUAUUCAUUUGUAAAGAUAAGGUACAGGAAUGAUCCUUGAGUUAAAGGUAUUUUUAUAUGAAAAUGAUAUGCUAUUGGAGGAUGUUAAAAUGCUAGUUUUCAGAGAGGUGGGAGUGCUUUGUUUUAUAUGUUGGGAUGUGAAAUUAUUUUCUAGAAUUGGAGAGAAGGAAGUUCUAUAUUUACAGAAUGUUUUAAAAAUGAAGAGUUGUGAUGAAGUCCCUGUAAGCACCAUUGUGGUCUUGUACGAACAGGAAUCUUCUGGCGUCAUUCUUCAGCAUUGGUUCCUGUGUGCAGUGUACUCUGUAUAGUUUCAUUGUGUGUUUUUUUAAGAGGCUUUUCAUGAGGUUCUGCUGUAACUACUAUGGCUUAUUUAUUGUUUCUUUAAUGUUGUGGACGUCUUACUCUUGGUUAUGUAGUUUUGUUUCUGCACAACUACUGUACUUGUCCUUCUGGAAUAAAGACAAUAGUUUGUUUUGCAUUAAAUGAAACAGUGACUAAGUAGAGAAGAUCUUGAUGUCAGCUAUCUGUCUCACUUUAAUCCUGGGUGAUCGUGUCCCUAAAAAAAGGGGAAAAGCCUGGUUUUCAGUAAUACUACAAAUGCAUGUUUACUUUUAUUUCAUUUUAGAACAAGGAUAAUGGCAUCUAGAAAUCCCAAAAUAUUUCAAGGUCAAAAUUAGUCUUUUUGCCUGAAAUGAGCAUGCAUGAGGAGCCUUCUAAACGUCUGUUCCAGAAAUCCUGGCGUCUGUUUUUAUUGGCAACACGGUAUCUUCAGUUUUUAGCUCUCACUUUGGCAAUACACUGUACACUGUGCUAAUGUGAAAUUUUGUUUUUCACGUGUGUACUGAUCUCUGAGUUAAACGUGUUUAUACCCACAUAUUUCAGUUUCAAAGUCGUAUGAAUGAGUGUGAACAUUAAACUGUUGUGUUAAAAUA